AUGGAGCCCGCGGAGCGCGCGCAGGCGGCGCGGGGGCGCGGGCCCAGGGUGGACCCCUACGGGUUCGCGCGGCCCGAGGACUUCGACGACGCGGCCUACGAGGCGUUCUUCUCCGAGUACCUGGCGGUCCUCGCCAGGCGGGCGGUCAAGUGGGCCAGGCUCCUGCGGGGCGGCGGCCGCGUCCGGAGGAGCGUGACAGUGAAGCGCUACAUCCGCAAGGGCGUCCCGCUGGAGCACCGGGCACGCGUCUGGCUGGGCGUGAGUGGCGCACAGGCACAGAUGGACCGCCACCCGGGCUACUACCAGCGGCUGCUGCAGGGCGAGCGGGACGGCAGCCUGGAGGAGGCCAUCCGGACAGACAUGAACAGGACCUUCCCGGACAACGUGCGCUUCCGCAAGAGCGCGGACCCCUGCCUGCAGCACCCCCUGUUCAAUGUGCUCGCGGCCUACGGACGGCACAACCGCGGCGUGGGGUACUGCCAGGGCAUGAACUUCAUCGCUGGGUACCUGCUGCUCAUCACCACGGACGAGGAGGAGGCCUUCUGGCUCCUGGAUGCCCUUGUGGGGAGGAUCCUGCCGGACUACUACGGCCCGGCCAUGCUGGGCCUCAGGACGGACCAGGAGGUCCUGGGCCAGCUGGUGAGGAACAAGCUGCCGGCGGUGGCGGACCUGCUGGAUGGCCACGGGGUCCUGUGGGCCCUGGUGGUAUCGCGCUGGUUCAUCUGCCUGUUUGUGGACACCCUGCCCGUGGAGACCGUGCUCCGCGUCUGGGACUGUCUGUUUAGCGAAGGCUCCAAGAUCAUCUUCCGGGUGGCGCUGACCCUCAUCAAACAGCACCAAGCGUCCAUCCUGGAGGCCACCAGUGUGCCGGACAUCUGCGAGAAGUUCAAGCAGAUCACCAGGGGGGCCUUCGCCAUGGAGUGCCACACCUUCAUGCGGAAGAUCUUCUCGGAGCCUGGAAGCCUGCCCAUGAGCACCAUCACGCGUCUGCGCGAAAGCUGCAGGGCCCGGCUGCUGGCCGGGCGGUGACCCCUGCCUCUGCAGAGCGGCCCUGGCCGGAGCGCGUGGCCCUCCCAGCGCGGUCAAUGCUCGCCGUCUCUGCGCUUGGGGUUUUUAAAGACCAAUUGAGGACGCCAUUGCCUUUUUGACAGUGAGCUAGAGUUGUAAAUUUCUAAAAGUUUAUUUUUACCUGAGACACUAAGGGCAGGUGAAAUGAUACACGUUUACACCCAAUAAAGCCGUCGGCACCUGAGCGCCUGUCCUCAGCGUGUCAACUGCUGGUGAUGCCGG